UCAAGCCUUAGUCACAGUCAACCAUGUCAUCUCGACCUCUGCGUGUUGGAUACGUCCGCGAGCACUUCUCCACGCCGCUGUUGCAACUGAAUGAUGUGGACAAGAACGAAACAUUCACCCUCGUCGAGUGCCCCAGCGGUACAGGGCAACUGAUACAGCGUCUCACCAACGACGAGAUCGAUGUCGCAAUCGCUCUCACCGAUCCUCUGAUCUCCGGCAUCGCGAAGGGUUCCACAGCUUACAAGCUUGUUGGAAGCUACGUAUCUACACCACUGAACUGGGCUGUCAUCACGGGCAAAGACACCAAGUACAACUCCAUCACAGACCUUAAGGACACGACCAUCGGUAUCUCGCGUCUCGGCAGCGGGAGUCAGACGAUGGCGUAUGUGAUGGCCAUGCAGCAGGGAUGGCCGACGGAUGAUCUGCAGUUCAAGAUCAACAACGACAUUCACGGGCUCAUUGACUCGGUGAACGAUGGAACGACGAGUGCCUUCAUGUGGGAGUGGUUUACGACCAAGCCUUGGGUUGACCGGGGCGAAGCCCGUUUCAUUGGGUCUGUCCCCACCCCGUGGGCGUCGUGGCUAAUCGCUGCGCAUCCGUCACCGACGCGGGCUCCGGCAGAAGCCCUUCGCACUUUUUUGACUCGGCUUUCGGACUUCGUUCGGGAUUUCCACUCGGAAUCCAACCGCGCAGGUCCCAAUGUGGAGGUUAUCAAGGCCAAGUUCGGAUACGGAGAGGAGGACAUCAAUGCAUGGAUGAAGACUGUCGGAUAUCCGGGGGACUGUCUGGCCAUUCCCGCAGACGUCAUCAAACAUACACUCGAUGUGCUGGAAAAGGCAGGGUUUGUCACGGCGCCCGCAGGCGGUUUCCAAAUCAAAGACUUUGUGAACGAGGAAAUCGCCAAAUUGACUUGAAGUAGGCGAGAACUGUAGAAAGCAGAAUUGAAUUCGGUCACGUGUGUAUCUGGAACGAACCCUCUGUGAAGUGGUGUGAUGCGACCGCAACUUCCAUUAGAAGUCCUUUCCAUAUACGCGAUGCAGCUGGAGCUUGCCCCUCACGGAUGGAAUCUUUUGUGAUGAGUCGAUACAUAAUGAGACGAAUCUGGAUCAAACUGAGAGACCUCAAGACUGCAAGAUACAAACCGGGAUUACGUGCGAGAUAGCUAGGAUGGAUUUCGGCCGUGUGGCCAAUCGGGACUUUUCAGCGUCUCAGCAACGCCGGGCGAAGCGGCAUGGGGGUGUAAGGCCCAGGUCCGGCCAUUAAAUGAGUCCUGUUAGCGGCUGCCGUGGCUUUUCGAUGUCUAGGAGAAACUGGGGCUUGAGGCGGCUAGCAGUUUCGUUAUCGUAUACUCUACCGUUCAUCCGCGUCCUCAUCAACACGUGAAUGGCUCA